CUUUCUACUUUUCUUCUUCCUUUCUUCAGCUAAAAAAACCAAAAAAACAGUUUUUUUUCAGAUUUUUUUUUUUACAAGAAGCAAGACUAGCCUUAUCUAGAAACUUGUCCAUGGAAUCUCCGGCGAGCAAAUCCUCCACCGUGAGGACCGUUGAAUUACCGCCUCGCCGCGGAAGAGUGAAGAGAGAGAUCUUUGGCGGUUUAGCCAACUCCAUCGUUUCGGCCGCCGUGACAGCCGGCGGAGCGUUCCAGAGGAAAGUUAGAGGUGGUGGUGGUGGUGGAUCUUCUUCCUCCACCGCCACUCCUCCGACGAGCGGUUACACCUCCGACCAGAACAGUGAAUCUACUUGAAGCAACAAAACAUAUAAAGACAUAAUAACGAAAGUGCCACUGGUUUAUUUCAACCACCAUGACACUACUUAUGAGGGAAAAGGCUUGUGUGGUUCUGUUCGUUUUUGAAAACAGAACGAUCCUUUCUCCUAAACCGGUUCAGUUUGAUUGUGGUUUGGUUUUUUAUUUUAUUUGGUGUGUUACGGCCCCGGUUUAACUUCGGUUUUUUGGUGGGUUAAACUGGGUGUACGUUUAUGGUGUGAUUAAUGUGGUAAACAAAAAUAUCUCCCUAAUCUGUUGUUUCUACGUGUUUUUAAAGUGGAGUAAUGAUGUCGUCUGGGAGAUAUCUUUGUUUGUAAGGUUUGAUUUGGUUUGGUUUGGUUUGCUUUUGGUUUGGUUUGCUUUUGGUUUGGUUUGCUUUUGGUUUGGACCGAUUGGUCUGGAUUAUGUAUUUGUAUUUUCCUUUUGAGUGUCUGUUUGUAUCUUUCAUUUAAGCAAUGUAUAAUUAAGUGUGUUUUAUUUCUU